CUCAUAAGGGUGUUGACCGGCACUUCACGAAACUUUACGAAACCCUUGCGGUGAAGCCGAGCACAGUCGGCUCGACCGCACCGUAUUGCACGCGGAAUAACGCUCUGAAACCGUCAAAUUCAAUGAAUUAGAGAGAUCGAGCCGGAACAGGUCACCCUCGACAUCUAUCGACAGACCUGACCUCGACCGAGGAGAUAGACGACGACUUUCAACAUGGCAGGUCCGGCUUCCACUUCCGGUGGUCAGCCGUCGACGGCGGCUCCGUCUCCAGCUCCUGCGUCUGCAGGACCAAAGUCUACGCCUGCCAAUUCGACUGGGCGAGCACCUGUCGCAACCGGUUCGACUACAGGUCCAGCACAAACCGCAGCAUCGGCUAGUGCAGAGAAGCCGUCCGUUCCAGGAAAGGUUGGUGGCGAAACCGUACAGCCUGUUCGGAAACCCGUCGCAUUAGCGACUUCGGCCAGGGCUAUCUCAUCUGCGGCCGGGUCUCCGUCCACACCUACCAGCGCGAACACCUUGCCCAGUACGGCCAAUGAGGAGGUCACCGAACGAAGGAUGUUUAGGGAGCCAGGAAAGAGCUUCGGUGGACCCCUGACGAAGGAGGAAUGCGAGUUUUGGUUGAGCAAGUUGCAGGACAAACAGCUGGAUCUUAGCAAGCGAGCAAUGAUUGCCUCCGAGCUGAGGGACAGUGCCGAUGCUACGCGGGACCCUGCGGUAUAUAGCGUAUUCCUCAAUACCCUCAUCCCACCCAUCACAGCAAUGUUGCUAGAAACAGGACCUCCUGUCGUCUUUUUCAGGGAACAGCCAGAGCAGCGCUUCCGAAACACGUUAUUAGCAUUCCUGCAAAGAUUGCCACGCACUGAACCACUCAAGCCCCACGAAUCAUCCUUGAUGUCGACCGCCCUCAGUCUGCUCAAGGUGGAGAACGAGGACAACGCUCUGCUGUGUAUCAAGAUCAUCAUUGACGGAUUCCGUAGCCAUAAGGAACAAACUGAGCAACACGUUCAGCCGUUUUUGAAUCUGGUUAAGGAAAUGUAUGCAAAUAUCAAGGAAGUCGUCGAGAAGGAGUUUGGGAAACCUGGAACGGUCGAGCAGUCUGACGCUAUGCAGGGUAUCGAAUCCGCCGCACCGAUUCAGCCUCAAAGCCAGCCUGCGGCCCCUGCGGCGCCUGUUCCGCCUACUACCGCUCCUGCUGCGCCUUCCGCUUCUGCUCCUGCUGCCGGGCAUCCCCUUUCUGGAAACUUCGUGCCAGCAACUCCCUCCAGAUUGACUCCUCUGCCUCACGCUCUCCGAUCGCCAAAAGUCUUGACGGAGUGUCCCAUCGCUGUUGUCCUCAUCUUUCAAAGCUUCCGACAAGUCAUGCAAGGCGCAAUGAAGGACUUUUACCCCUUGGUUAUGGAUAGCAUCGCCUUGCAACCGGAACCCCAGAGGAAGGCUUAUCGGGCUGCCGAGGAGAAGGGUCAGAUCUUCACCGGAGUCGCCGAGGGAAUUCACAAUCGCGAGAUGUAUACCGAGAUUAUCAAGGCUCAGGUCAAGACAAUGGCUUUCUUGGCCUACGUGUUGAGGGGGAGCAUCGAUAAUAUCCGUAAUUACCUGGAUAUCUUCCCGGAAGCCUGUGUUCGACUCUUACGUGAUUGUCCGCCCGAGGAUGUGGCUACCAGAAAGGAAUUGUUGAUUGCAACGAGGCAUAUGUUGUCGUCGGAUUUCCGUACCGCUUUCGUACCUUUCAUCGAUAUGCUUCUGGACGAGAAAGUCCUGGUAGGAUCCGGUGUCACCAGCCGUGAAGCUCUGAGACCUUUGGCGUACAGCACCCUAGCGGACUUGAUCCAUCACGUGCGAAACGAUCUGUCGCUUCAACAGCUCGUGCGGGUCAUUGCAGUCUACGCCUGCAUCAGUCACGAUAGCACGUUUCCUUUCAGCAUACAGACGAUGUGCAGCAAACUCACUCAAGCGUGCAUCGAGUCGAUCUGUAACAAGGGCGACAAAGCGGAAGCCAUCUCGAUAUUGCAAGGCGUGUUGUUGACCACGGUCGAAAAGCUCAAGGCGACGUACAAGGCCUUUGAUCGGAUGAAGCAAGCUUCUAUACAGGACAAGGGCAAGAGCAAGCCCAUGGAAGAGGAACAGAUCGGUCGGCAAGGCUUUGAUGCUUACGAUUGGCGGAGCAUCGAAAGAGCGAUGCCGGUGCUUACUGUAGCAUACGCUUCGGAUAGUCUUGAUACCUUCGUGAGAGAUGCCAAGACAAUCCUCCGAUCCUUGUUCAACACCUUUCGCUCGCUCUUCAACAACAUGCGAGUCAUCGAUGCACCUUCUCCUCAAGGCGACAUUCUGGGCGACCUUUUCCGCUAUGGUGUACUGUCUCUUCAGAUCUACGAAGGUGGAAGGGAUACGAGGGAGGAGAAGGAUGCUAUCGAGCAACUCGGUAUGGUCUUGAUCUGUUUCGAGCCACACGUCUACUCGGAAGUCUGGACGAGCAACCUCAGCUUUUACUGCAAGCAACUAUUGGACGGUCCAAACAUCAUCACCCUGUUGCAGAACAUGCUGGUCAACAACGAGGUCUCCCAUCAGACCGUUGGCAUCUUGCUCAAACAUCUUAUGAACAACCUCGAGUCGGUCGGCACGCAGAGCAAGAUUGAGGGUGCUUUGACCCUGAAACUGUUCAAGCUAUCUUUCAUGGCGGUCAAUCAGUUUAUCGAACUCAACGAGCCGGUCCUGGUGCCCUAUUUGUCCAAGUUGAUCAUCGAUUCCUUCGCCUACGCAGCGAAAGCUGAGGACCCUGCCAUUUACUAUCAGGUCUUGCGGGCCUUGUUUCGUUCGAUCGGCGGAGGUCGAUUCGAAGCUCUGUACAAAGAGGUCUUGCCAAUCUUGGAAGAGAUGCUGGAAACGCUCAACUACCUUCUGCGGCAUGCAGAGCCUUCCAAACGGGAUUUAUUCGUCGAGCUCUGUCUAACGGUUCCGGUGCGACUCACCAAUCUGCUACCGCAUCUGGGAUACCUCAUGCAUCCUUUGGUCCAUGCACUCAAUUCUGGACCGGAUCUCAUCAGUCAAGGUCUUCGAACUUUGGAACUCUGUAUAGACAACCUGACAUCCGAAUUCCUCGACCCAACCUUGGAUCCGGUCCUUCGCGAGUUGAUGACUGCGCUCUACAACCUCCUCAAACCGGUGCCGUUCAAUCAUCAGCAAGCGCAUUCGGCUGUCAAGAUUCUCGGAAAGCUGGGUGGGCGAAAUCGAAAGUUCGCGCAAACGCCUUACCUACUGGAAUUCCACCCCGUCUCUGAGGACAUUGUGCUUCAAUUCGAUGUCGAGGGUCAACAACAAGACUUCCAGAUAGCUUCAUGGGUUGAGCUCGCGGCGAGGCAUGUUCGCAAUCCGGCAGCUUACAACAGGGAAAACGCGGUCACUUUCCUCAAACAGUGCUCGUUGCUCUUUGUUUCCAGUCGAUAUCACUCGAUUGAGCAGGAGCCAGUCUUACGGAACGUGAUCAAAGGCCUGUUCGAAGCAAGUAUCGUGGAGGAGCAGCAUGACGACGUUGUGGAGCACAUCCGACUGUUAGCACACGAGGUCUUUAGACUCGAACUACAGGAGACUGCUCGGAAACAGCCGAAGGCGGGCAAGAGAUCUUCUCUGUCUCUUCGACCAUCCUCUUUCAUCCAAAGCAUCAUUCUUGCCAUGGCAGACGGGAUGGUGAACAGCGCCGAGCGGAUGAAAGAGCUAUUCGAAGUCAUUGUGAAGGACCUCCUGGCGCAAAAGAAGGAGGCCGACGAUUCUUCGGACUCGACGUCCAAAGAUAGUGGUAAUAUCAUGAUUCAGAUGCUCUUUUCACGGUCGUUUGGCCUGUGUUUCGAAGAGGAUUGGGACCGCAAGCUUGCUGGGUGUGCUGGACUCGAUAUCCUCCGGAAGCAGGAAGCGCUCGAAGGCAAAUGGCUCGCCGAGUCUCGGAAGCUCGACUAUGUUCGAGGACUUUUCUUUGUGCUUCGCGACGCGCCGAAGGACACGCCAAAAUCGCUCGAAGAGGUAGCAUCGUUGCUCAAGGACGUCAUUCGCCAAAGCAGCGUGGAUCCACAGGUCAAUCCGAGCUCGAUGUCAAAGCUCAUCGACAUGCUCGUGCUAGAGCUUCCCAGUCAGAAAACGGCUGUGCGAGAUGCAGCCAAGGAAUGCAUUGCCAUCCUCGCCGAAAUCAAGCAAGUUUCCGUUUAUGACCUGAUCUCGUCUUCUGCCAAGGAGCGAUUGCUGGACCCAGCUUCUGGCCCCAUAUUCAACAAGCCGCUAAGGGCACUGCCCUUUGGGAUGCAGAUCGGCAAUAUCGAUGCGAUCACUUAUCUACUCAACCUGACGCCGAGCUUGCCGGAAGUGAACGAGGAGCUGAACCGCUUGUUCCACGAGACGAUCGCGUUGGCUGAUGCAGAUGAUGCAAGCUUGAUCGGCCGGCAAACUCAUCACGCAUUAGAGGUAUCUCUACGCUCCUUGCGUGUCGCUUGUCUCAAGCUGCUAUGCGCGGCGAUGAACUGUGCAGAGCUUUUCGCCAAUAAUCAGAGCUCUCUCCGAUCAAGAAUCAUCUCUGUGUAUUUCAAGCACAUGUACUCGAGCUCUCCGCAAAUCGUCGAAGUCGCGCACGAAGGCCUCAAGCGAGUAUUGGCAAUCCAGACCAAGCUGCCGAAGGACAUCCUGCAAACCGGUUUGAGACCGAUCCUAGUCAACCUUGCAGACGCACGGCGAUUGAGCGUUUCUGGUCUCGAGGGUCUGGCGCGGUUCCUGGAACUCUUGACCAAUUACUUCAAGGUGGAAAUCGGGGUCAAGCUGUUGGAUCAUUUCAAAAGCCUUGCCGAACCGGCGAUGCUGACAAAUGCGGCGGCACGGCCAUACGAAGACAAUCAAGACAUUGCAAGGAUGGUCCGACUGGUCAACAUCUUCCGCCUACUCCCUCCUACGGCAAACACCUUCCUGAGAGAUCUCACGGAAUACGUUUCGGAUGCCGAGGCCAAAUUGUUGCAGUCACGACCGGGGCCUUUUACCGACAACUUGGCCUUGUAUUUCGACAAGUACCCUGUCGACGCCACGGCGUUCCUCUUGGACCGCUUGUCAAGCCCACAGUUGGUCAGGACCUACAGACAUACGCUCGAGUCCGGUAAAGCGCCGAACUUUGUUGCAGAGCUAUCAGAUCAAGCGGACAAGCUGUGCGAACUCUGCUUCCGGGAUCAAGACAAGCUUCAUCUCGUACUCCCGGGCAUUCAGAUAAUCGACGAGUUGUCCGCUACGUCUGACGACUGGUUGCUCAAGCAUGUCGACGUAUUGCAAGCGCUGGUAUCGGUCUGGCGCAACCUGGUGGCUCUGUCGAAAGGUCCUCGCGAGGAAUCCUACUCGCGAGUCUUCAGCCAAGAGCCUACUGUGAUCCUCCGGAUAUUCAUGCGUUACCUGGAAAAGCACGAGGACAUUGAGCUGCUCUUCCACGUCGUCGAGGCAUUCGAAAUACAGUCCGCCGUGGACCGAUCUGAUGUGACCGAUUUCCUAUACCGGGAAGUUGCUGCCAGCAAUAAUCUGCAGUUCAAGCGAAACGUAUUCACCCACUUCUUUAGGCUUUACGAGAAUCCGGAUGUCAGCUCGGCCUUCAAGAAGAACGCCCUCCGGUACAUCGUCAAUCCCCUUCUCUGGCUGCACUACUCGAGGCGGGGUCUUGCCACUAAGAACGAGAAUAUCAUUGUCCAGGGCGUCCCCGCUCAAAUCGCUUCUACUAUCUGGCAUCCUCUCAUCAGUGCUCGACACGGUGGCGAAGAUAGCCUGCACAUUGAGCUGCUUCACAUGUCGGCCAUUCUCGUUCACUACUGCCCAGACGUCGUUGGCGAAUUCCGCAAAGAUAUCAUCAUGGUCGCCUGGGAGUCCAUCAAGAAAGCGGGAGAUGCUACCGUCAAGCAUAUGGCUUACCUUUUAGCCGGUCGGUUCUUCAACGCUUUCGAGUCACCGCCGAACAUUGUGCGACCUACCUGGCAUGGACUUUUGCGAGUCAAAGAGACGGAAGGCAGAAACCUGUAUCGACAAGCCAUCAACCUCGUGGCCCGCUGUCUGCCUAAAAGAGAUCCGCCACAACCGAAUCAAAUCAGCUGGGCGGCAGCCACCAAAAAGGUCUUGACAGAGGAGGGCAAUGCCACGCCACAACUCGUCAGCGUUUGCGAGCUACUUGUCGGUAAUCCCGACCUGUUUUACAACAGCCGCGAUCUCUUCGUCAGCCUGAUGGCCAACUCGCUCACGAAAUUGGGAUUCGUCCCUGCUGCGACUGCCGACAUGAAGAAGCUGACGAUAGAUAUCGUCGAGCUGAUCUUCCGGUGGGAACGUCGCCGUCUGACCGGUGGCUCCCCUGUCGUCGAGGUCGAGGUCGAGAAAGGGGAAGAUACCAAAAAACGGGCAGGCUCUGGCGAAAAUCCUGAUCCCAAGCGUCAGAGGACCGAUGCCGCUGGUUCAGUCGUGUCACAGCCCGCUACAUCGUCCACUCCCAGAUCCACCUGGGAAUUACCGGUACACGUGCGGGAACUCAUCACGAGUUACUUGGUUCGGCUCGUCUCGACGUCACCCGAGAGCAUCAGUCGAGGGGGUUUGACUUUCAGAGCCGUGCAGUUAUUGAGGGAAAUCAUCGGUCCUGAUGGUUUGCCGGGUGUAACGGUGAAGCUAUCCUUUUUCCAGAGGACCAUGGCCCAAGAUAUCACCGAAUCUAACUUCAUCCAAGUCUCCAACUCUUGCGAAGUGAUUGCUAUCGUUGCUAACAGCAAAGAUAUGGACUGGAUCAAGGCCCACCUGAGCACCUUGAUGAAGUUGUUGGAAAGUGCCGUACUCAGCGAUUUCUCGCCACUGCACGACACGCUGCGGCCUCUAUUGGAAAGGAUGUUCCAAUGCCUCCCAGCGCCCGUCGAGUCUGGACAACGCGCCGAGUCGGUGAACGACGAUGUUACUGCCUUCCAUCAAUGGGCAGAGAAUAUCGCUCAGAGUCUCAACAAACCGGACAAAACUCUUACCGCCAAGGAUCGCUUGCAAGGUCCCUUGUUCGUUCUGCAAUGCUACAUCAAGAGCCGACCCGAACGACUUGCAGCUUCCGCGGGGUCGGUGGUCAAGCUCAUUACCAAGCUGACACUCGACUUGACUGGAGCCAAUCUACAAGCGAGCGUCUACGAGAAUGCCCAUCGUUCAGCGAUCGCUAUCAUGGAACUAUGCCGCGGCCACUUGGCACAGUUGGGCGAUCAACGAAGACCAUACCUCGGCGCUCUUCAUCACAUGAUAGAGCAUUGCACCAGCAUCCCGAUGUGCCGAUACAUUCUGGACAUGCUGCGGGAUUGGACACUGGUCAAGCAAGACCCCUUGCCAGCAUUCAAAGAAAAGGCCGGUCUGCUCAACCGCAUGAUCACAUAUGAAUCCAGAAGAGAUGAAGCAUCAGGCCUUUAUCACGAUUAUCUGCAGUUGAUUCUGGACAUCUUCCAGGAGCCAUCGUUGGCUCGUUCAGACCUGACAAAUAGGCUGGAGGGUGCAUUCCUGGUUGGAACUAGAUGCGGCGAUCCGAUCCUACGCUCGAAGUUCAUCGCCAUGUUGGAGAAAUCGCUCCCGACAGAUGUACCAGGCAGGUUACGGUUCAUCUUGGCUACCCAGAAUUGGGAACACGUUGCAGGCACGUAUUGGAUGACUCUCGCCACUGACCUACUGUACGCCUGUAUUGAGCGAUCGCAGCAACCGAUCGAGGAGCCGGUACCUCAAGCUGAAGGUCAGGCCGUGCUGGUCACCGCAUUGGACGCACGCUUGCUCAUCAAGUCUUUCCGAGCUCUCCUUCCACUGGAUAACGCGAUGGUGGACGAAGUCUGGGCGACUGCAUUCCAGGCUUGCUGGUCAUCUCUUGAAAGGCCCAUCCAGGUUGACGUGCAAAGAUGGUUCACGGGUCUGAUCUGCAAGGAGCAUCACAUGGAACAAGUCGAAAAACGCCCGAACGGAAUACAGACCCUCUUCCGCGGAGCCUUGGCUUGCGGUCGUGCAUUCCUGAUCCCACCCUUGGUGAUCAAGUAUUUCGGAAAGACCUUUGGCGCCUGGCAUACGGCUAUGGAACUUUUGUCGAUGGGUCUCGAGCAGACCGAUGCAGAAGAUCUCCGGGACGGCUGCGCCGACGCAUUGACUGAAAUGUAUGCGGAACUCAGUGAAGACGAUCUCUUCUACGGUCUCUGGCGCCGUAGAUGCUUACACGAUGAAACCAAUGCCGGUUUGGCUCUAGAGCAGAACGGUCUCUGGCCGAGGGCGCAGGAGGUUUACGAGCAAGCUCAGAUGAAGGUCAGAAACGGCGUCAUCCCUUAUACCGAGAACGAGUACAAUGUCUGGCAGGACCAUUGGAUCAUCGCAGCACAAAAGCUGCAACAAUGGGACAUUCUAACCGAUCUCGCUCGGCACGAAAACAACCACGAUCUCUUGCUGGAAUGCGCUUGGCGGUUAUCCGACUGGGGCUCACAGGAUCGGGAAAUGAUCGAGAGGACUCUAGAUGCCGUGUCGGACGUGCCGACCCCUCGUCGCAAGGUAUUCCAGGCCUAUACGUGCUUGAUCAAGGCGCAUACCGGGCAUGAGGAUCCCUCGAAUUUCCUUAGGGUCCUGGACGAAGCUAUCCAGCUGUCCAUGAGAAAGUGGUGUUCACUCCCGACACAGCUUUCUGCAGCACAUAUUCCUCUCUUGCAGAUGUUCCAGCAAUAUGUCGAGCUGCAGGAAGCUGCGGGUGUCUUUGAGAGCCUUUCUCAGACCAAUCGAGAGACGCUCGAGGCACGUGUGACCCAGGACUUGAAGCCCAUCUUCCAAACCUGGAGGGAACGCCUUCCAAACUUCUGGGACGACAUCAGCGUUUGGAGCGAUAUCCUCGCCUGGAGGCAGCAUGUCUUUUCGGCGGUGACCAAAGUCUACAGUCCUCUCAUCAAUGCCAACGAGCCUGGUACAUAUGGAUUCCGCGGAUUUCACGAGACCGCUUGGACGAUCAACAGGUUCGGCCAUGUCGCACGAAAGCACGGCUUGUCGGACGUUUGCCUAAGCGCUCUGGGCAAGAUUUACGCCCUGCCGAACAUCGAGAUUUCUGAAGCCUUCCUGAAGCUCCGGGAACAGGCGUUAUGUCUCUUCCAGCGACCAGAGAGAUUCGCAGAGGGGCUCGAGAGCAUCAGCACAACGAACCUGAUGUACUUUGCCAACAACCAAAAGGCCGAGUUCCUGACCUUGAAAGGAAUGUUCGUCGCCAAGCUCGGUCGUGAACACGAAGCCAACAUUGCCUUUGCUCAGGCCGUACAGGUCGAUCUGAACCUUCCAAAGGCAUGGGCAGAAUGGGGGCGAUGGAACGACCGUCUCUUCAAGGACAGGCCGAUCCGUCCGCCCGAGCAACCUGAGCCUGAGCCUGGCAAGCCACGCGUGUCAGAAAUGCAAUGGCAGCAGAGCUAUACUGCCGAACGCAUGGGCUUCGCGGCUAAUGCGGUGUCAUGUUACCUACAAGCGGCUGGACUUUACAAAUCGGCUAAAGCACGCAAGCUCCUGGUUCGAGUAUUGUGGUUGCUGGGUGUCGACGAUUCGAUCUCGACAGUCUCGCGGGCAUUCGAGUCAUACACAGGCGACGUAGCGAUCUGGUAUUGGAUCACGCUAAUUCCCCAGCUCUUGCUGUCCCUGACGCAUCGCGAGGCACGUCACGCACGAAACAUCCUGAUGAAGAUUGCGAAGAUGUUCCCUCAGGCUCUAUUCUACCAUUUGCGAACGUCGAAGGAAGACUUUACGCAGCAUCAUCGCACUCAGACGCAAGCCAGAAGAAUGGCCGAAGCUAGGCGAAUACAACAACUUCGACAGCAACAGCAACAAGCGCAUCAGAAUCAACAACAGCAGCAGUCUCACAUUGCGUCUCCCGUCCAACAGCCAGACAGGAUCGUCGAGAUGGAGGUCGAUCCUCAGGAGAGGCCCAAGCCCACCGAGGCGCCCGUUGUCAAGCAAGAAGCUUCCGAAGUUCGAAGCGCGCCUUCUGGCGACGCUUCGGAGUCCCGUACGCCUGUCACGGCAUCCGCCGAUGAUUCAAGCGCCACUGCUGCUGUGAAGCCAGAAACUGCCAUUUCUGCGACGGAUAGUCCUGCCAACGCGAACGCUACACCGCAGAUGCCUAGCAGCAUCCCUCACGUGAACGGGAACGUUCAACAGAAUUCUCAGUCACAAUCGGGCACAAAUCCCGCAGUCCUUGCGAACGUGCAGGCGGUCAUGCAAAUGUCACGUCAGCCUCAGGAAUUGUUAGAGGAGAUUCUGAACAUUUUGAAGACUGCGUUCCCCUUGCUGGCAUUGUCGAUGGAAAAAAUGGUCGACCACAUCAACGUACGCACCAAACCCCCGAUCGAGGAGGACUGUUAUCGAUUCCUUUCGGCUUUGCUCAACGAAGCGAUCGCUACAUGGACCAACAAGGGGAAAUACAAAGACGAUAACGAGUUGAUUCCCGCUCAUAUCCGCGACAAGGUUCGGGCGUUCUGCGCGCAGACGAAGCACGACCUUCGUCAGGUCAUGUACGACCAGUUUGUUUCGCAACCAAUCACGCUGCGGGAGUACAUCAUUAGGCUACAAAGAUGGCAGGAACGAUACGAAAAGGCAUUGGAUGCACGACCAAAACGAGAACAGCUCGAUCAUGGGGACUGCCUAUUGUCGGAUUUCCAUCACAGCAAAUUUGAUGAUGUCGAAAUCCCGGGUCAGUAUAUCGAACACGUCGACAAUAACAGUGGAUUUGCCAAGAUCACUCGGUUUGCGCCAACCAUGGAGGUCGCUCGCGGAUUCUGUUACUACUUCAGGCGAAUUACUAUCCUGGGGACGAACGGACGCUCGCACACAUUUGCGGUUCAAUCGCCCUCUGGACGUCAUUGUAGACGAGAAGAGAGGUUGACGCAGCUUUUCCGAAUUCUUAAUACCGUGCUUCAGAAGCGAAAGGAGAGCAGAAAGAGAAACCUGUCGAUUCAUUUGCCAGCCGCCAUUCCCUUGACGCCGACGCUACGCCUGGUUACGAGCGACAACAGCUACGUCAGUUUGCAGGAUGUCUUUGACGAACAUUGCCGAAGGAUGGACAUGGGUCGUGACAAACCGACGCUCGAAUUCAUCGACAAGUGGCGUCAGAUCUACGUGCCAAGCGAAACUCCCGAUCGAGAUCAGCAUACCAUUGAGUACAAGGUCGCGAGAAUGGAACUGGUCGAGGAGGUUGCUGCGAAAUACGUGCCUGAGAACAUUUUGACAAACUACAUGAUUCGCACAAUGUCGAACCCCUCUUCCCUCUGGCUGAUGCGCAAGCACUUUGCCUUGCAAACGGCCUCGACGAUAUUCCUCUCUUACAUCGCCUGCUUGAGCAAUCGCAACCCCAACCGAUUCCAUUUCAGCCUGAAGACGGGAUUGAUUUUCAUGACCGAGCUAUUUGCAUCCUUCGAUACGCAACGACCUGGUCACAAAUCGCCUGACCCAGUGCCGUUCAGACUGACGCCGAACAUGCAACACUUUAUUACGCCUGCUGGAAUCGAAGGGCUGCUUACGUCUGGAGUCAUGGCCAUGGCUAGAAGCUUGUCGAAUCCCGAAUUUGACCUGGAGAGCUCGCUUAGUCUCUUCUUGCGAGACGAGAUUUCGCUAUGGUUCACCAUGUACGGCAAAGCAAGCGACCAUCCGAUUUCCGUCCUGAACUGCAGCGCGGAAUGGGUGCAAAGAUGCAGCGAGCUGGCCUAUACCGGAGAUGCGGCUGACAAGGUGAGCUCAGUGACUGCAGGCAUUGCAACAUUUUUCUCGGGACUGACACAGUCGCCAUUGACGUGUAGAACGAGACCUUGCCUAUCACACAAGUCAUUACAAGCCUGAUCUGCCAGGCCACGAACACACAACUUUUGGCUCUUACGUCGCCAGACUUCCAACCUUGGUUCUGAGCGACUUAUACCCUUCUUUUUGGACAGAAUAUCCCUUUCGAUUUCGUACGGUUGUAGCAUAUUAGACUAAUAUAGCGCAUAUUGAUUCAUCAUGUGAUGUACACUCGAUCCACGCUUAUACGCCUGUG